AUGUUCUCGUUUAUGCUUUUCCCCACACUGUUUCCAACUGUAUUUCCUGAACCCAAGCAGCAACACUGGAUCUGCAACUCCUCUGAUUUAAGUGUUUGGUACACCUACUGUGAUAACAUGAAAUACCCUAUUUCGAUAAUUCCUACACCAUGUGUAUCACUGAAAGGAAGCAAAGGACAGUUGCACCUUUCCUACAUUCCAAGGAGAGACAUGAAAAAAUUGUACUUCAAUCUCUAUGUAUCUAUCAACUCCUUGGACUUUCCAAAGCGCAAAGAAGUUAUUUGUCGGGGAUCCGAUGAUGAUUAUUCUUUUUGCAGAGCACUCAAAGGAGAGACUAUAAAUACAACAAUAUCAUUCUCCUACAAGGGACUAAAAUUUUCUAAGGGACAAUACAGAGUUGUUGCUGAAGCCAUAACCGGAAGUGCUGAAGAAAUGCUCUUUUGUUUGAAUUUUACUCUCAUACAUUCAUCUGAAUAG